AUGUAUGAUACAAAUUACACGGAAGUGUCUGAAUUUGUGUUCCUGGGGCUUUCAUCCUCUAGACCAAUGCAGCAUUUUCUCCUUACCUUCUCUGUAAUCUUUUACAUAAUAAUUGUUCUGGGAAAUCUCCUUGUGGUGUUUAUAGUAACUAUUGACUCUCAUUUGCAUUCUGCUAUGUACUUCCUGCUAGCUAACCUCUCAUUUAUUGACUUGUGUCUUUCUACCUUAACUGUUCCUAAGAUGAUCUCAGACCUGUCCUCUGGUCAAAACACCAUAUCAUUUCAGGGAUGUGUUAUUCAGAUUUUUACACUUCAUGUCCUGGGUGGGUGUGAGAUGGUGUUGCUCAUAGCCAUGGCCUUGGACCGAUAUGUGGCCAUAUGUAAGCCCCUUCACUACCUGACCAUCAUGAGUCCACGGAUGUGCAUUUGGCUUCUGGUUAGUGCUUGGGUUCUUGGUGUCAUUCACUCAGUGGCCCAGCUAGCUUUCGUUGCCCAUUUGCCUUUCUGUGGCCCUAAUGAGAUAGACAGUUUUUACUGUGACCUACCUCGGUUUAUCAAACUUGCCUGCACAGACACCUACAGACUAGAGUUCAUGGUUACUGCCAUCAGUGGGUUCAUUUCCAUGGGAACUGUCAUCUUAUUGAUUUUCUCCUACAUCUUUAUCCUGGUCAGUGUCUGGAAAAGCUCUUCAGGUAGCAUGUCCAAGGCCCUCUCUACCCUGUCAGCUCACAUCACUGUGGUGGUUUUGUUCUUUGGACCCUGCAUUUUUGUCUAUGUGUGGCCAUUUCCCACAGUGCCAGUGGAUAAAUUUCUUAUGAUUUUGGACUUUUUGAUUACACCUAUCUUGAAUCCAGCCAUUUACACAUUGAGGAACAAGGAUAUGAAGAUGGCAGUGAAGAAACUGAGUAGUCAAUUCCUGAGUUUGAGAAAGAUGACCUAA